AUGGCUUCCACUACGUCGUCAGAUAUAAAUGCCUUUCAAAAUGCUCUCAAGUCGGCUAAACACAUAGUUGCGCUUGCUGGAGCUGGUUUAAGCGCUGGUACGCAUGAUCUGCUGGUUAACUUGGUAUCGAUACUUUGCCAACAUGCCCAGCAAGCUCUUCCUGACUCGACUCAAUUUUAUCCCCUUCCCCCUUUUAUAUAUAUAUAUCUUACAUUCUUUGCUAUGGCCCAUCUCUCUAAUGCGUCUUUCGUAUACAAAAAACUUUACGUAUCAUCAUACUAUUCGCGUAGAGUCGGGGGUGCCGGUGAUGGCGGACUUUGGCGUAAAUACGAUGCCAUGAGUUUGGCCACGCCCAGGGCAUUUAGGGCUAAUCCGAGUCGCGUCUGGCAGUUUUAUCACUACCGCCGCGAGUUGGUCUUGACAAAAGAACCGAAUCGUGCGCAUAAAGCACUCGUGGCAUUCGAACAGAAAAUUCUCUCACAAGCCAGUUCGCAGUCUUCCGAUACUCCCACCUUUGCCCUGAUUACCCAAAACAUUGACGGCCUUUCCGCUGGCAUUCAAAACCUCAUUGAAAUGCACGGUAUGCUGUUCAAAAAUCGAUGCACGGGCUGCGGUGAUGUUCGCGAAAAUCGCAACUCUCCCAUCGUGCCUGCGUUGGAAGGUACAGAGAAUGAAGAGUUUGAGAGGGAGAUCGCGUUAAAAGACCUGCCCAAAUGUGAAAAGUGUAAUGGAUUGCUUAGACCGCAUGUCGUUUGGUUUGAAGAAAGUUUGGAAGCGAGUGUGUUGGCUGAAAUCCAAAAGGAAUUGUUCAGGUGUGAUCUGGUUUUGAUUAUUGGAACGUCAGGGCUCGUGUACCCAGCAGCGGGAUUUCGCCAUGCUGUGAAAAUACAAAAUCCUCAAGCUAUAAUCGCCAACUUCAAUGUCGAGCCGAUGGAGAGGCUCGAAACGUUGGAGACUGGAAUAGACUUUGAAUUUAUAGGCCCGUGUGGACAAACCCUACCCGAAGUCCUCGGUGUCAAAGCAGAAGUCGACAGAAUGUAG